GUAUCGGCUGGGAUCGGCUGGUAUCGCCGGGGUAUCGUGAAAAGUAUCGGUUGCGGGGCCCACCUAAUUGCCAGUGAGUCAGAGAACCGGGAAGGAGAACGCAAACGCGAACGCGAACGCGAACGCGAACACGAUAAGCAUCGAUAGGGUCCGCUGGGGAUUUUCGUGUUCCACAAAAAAGUGGCUAAGGGAUGUGGCAAGAGGCAAUAUCCGGGCGAAUGCGACACGCUGAUUGAGACCGGCUGAAAACGGAAGGGCAAACGGAAGGAGACAGGUACAUACAGGGAUACAAGGGAUACAAGGGAUACAAGGGACUGCCAGGAAAAUGUGCAAAGGCAGCAAUUCAGGAACGACAGCCACGCUGGUAAACUUAUUAGCGAAAUGCACGAAGUCAACAAACGGACAGCCGGCAGCAGAAGUCCUCGAGCAGGAAAAGGAAUCGGAAAGUCGGGGGAAACUCGUGCCGCAAAAGCAACGAGCAAAACGUCAAAACAAGCAACAUCUACAGAUGCAGCAGCAGGAGCAGCAGCAGCAGCAUCAACACCAGCUGCAACAGCAACAACAGCAGCAGCAACAUCAGGAGCAGCAUAAUCAGCGCCAGCAACAAGGACAUCAAAUAGAGCAAAUGGCGAUGGGGACAAAUGAAGAGGCGGCGGCUGCCAAGGAGCACGAACGGCAGACCAAACUGGCUGACUGCAAAUGCAACGGCAAACACCAGCAGCAACGAAAUCGCAAUAAUGUUGCCGGCGUGCAGCAGCAUGUCCUGCGGUUGCUACCCUUCGUCCUGUUCGUCCUGUUCGUCCUGUGCGUCCUGUUCCCGGCCACCGCAGCCACGAUGACACCUUCGGCCAGGAUCUCCAGUGCCAAAGGCUCGUCCCGUGAGCUCCUCUUCACGGAAAUGGGCGGUGCAGCCACCUCAGGGGGCAUUGCUGGAGCAGCCAGUGCUGCAGGAGGAGCGGCAGGAGGAGCACCAGGAGGAGCAGCAGGAGGAGCAUCUGGCGGCGGAGGAGGUGCGGCCGGGAUCGAGUGCCCCAGCUUCGACAACACCGCCUGUCCCUGCUACAAGUUCGAGGAUGGACUAUUCCUGGAGUGUCCCGGAACGACCGCCAUAUCGCUGCGCUCGACCCUCGAGCGAAUUUCGGCGCCGAUCCACUCGCUGUCCAUCUACGACUUCGACCGCUCGGUGACGUCACUCUCGCAGGACGUCUUCCAGCCGGGCGUCCACAUCCGGCACCUGCAGUUCUCCCACUCGCACCUGGAGGCCCUCAAGGACAACAGUCUGCGCAACGUCCGCUCGAGCCUAGAGUCCCUCAGCAUUGUCAAUGGCAAACUAACGCAGAUGCCAUCCCGUGCCCUGAGCUCCAUGCAGAAGCUGACGGCCCUGGACUUCGACUACAACGAGAUCGUGCGCGUGGAGGACUACAGCUUCUACGGGCUGCGGCUGUCCAAGCUGAAUCUGAAGGGGAACCGGCUGCAGGGGAUGCCGGAGCAUGCGUUCGCCGGACUGGAGGAGUGCAUGCAGGAGAUCGACGUAUCGGAGAACGGCCUGCGCACGUUCCCGCUGAUGGCCCUGCGGAAGUUGGACCACCUGCGCAUUUUGCGGCUGUCGAACAACCGGAUAGCCACCUUCUACGGCGACAUUCAGCUGGCCACGAACAAUGCCUCGGCGGCGGCGGCUGCGGCCGGUGCCUUUCAGCUGCCCUCGCUGAUCUUCCUGGAUUUGAGCUCUAACCAGUUCGCCGAGAUCGGGGACGACUGCUUCCGGGCCUUUCCGCAGCUGAAGACGCUAUCGUUCUAUGCCAACCAGAUCGAGCUGGUCCAGCCGGAGGCGUUCAAGAGCCUGCGCGAGCUGAUGUCGCUGGACAUGUCGCACAACAGGAUCAUCACCCUGGACCCCAAGGUGUUCGGGCGGAACAAGCGGCUGCAGACGGUGGACCUGAGCCACAACCACAUCCACGCCAUCGGUGGGGUCUUCUCCGAUCUGCCCCAGCUGCGUGAGGUGUUUCUCAGCGAGAACAACAUACUGGAGCUGCCGGCGGACGCGUUCACCAACUCGACGAACGUGGAUGUCAUUUACCUGGAGUCCAAUGCCAUUGGUCACAUCGAUCCGAACGUGUUCAGUACGCUGGUCAAUCUGGACCACCUGUAUCUGCGCUCCAACUUCAUACCGCUGCUGCCGGUCACGCUGUUCGAUAAGUGCACCAAGUUGACGUCCCUGUCGCUGGACAACAACGAGAUCCAGGACCUGGAGAUCGGCAUGUUCCGGAAGCUGGAGCACCUGAGGGAGGUGCGGCUGCACAACAACCGCAUCCGGCGGGUGCGCAAGGGCGUCUUCGAGCCGCUGCCCGCCCUCCAGGAGCUGCACAUUCAGAAGAACAGCAUCGAGGACAUCGAGCCGCAGGCGUUUAGCACGCUGCAGAGCAUGCAGCACAUCAAUCUGCAGGACAAUCAGCUGACCGUGCUGGAGGACAUCUUCGCCGAGGACAACUCGUCGCUGCUGUCGGUGCAGCUGGAGGCCAACUACCUGCACAAGGUGCAUCCGCGCACGUUCCGGCGCCAGCGAAAGGUGCAGAUCAUGUGGCUGAAGGACAACCAGCUGGCCCGCGUGGAGCGCUCCUUUUUCGCGGACACGGCCCAGCUGGGCCGGCUGUAUCUGAGCGACAAUCGGAUCAGGGACGUGGAGCGGGACACCUUUGCCGGCCUGCCGCUGCUGCAGUUCCUCGAUUUGAGCGGCAAUCAGCUGCGUCAGCUGCGCCGCGACUACUUCGCCCCGCUGGUGGCCCUGGAGGAGCUCAACCUGGCCCGCAACCACAUCGAGGCCAUCGAGGGCUAUGCCUUUGCCAAGCUGGGCAACUUGAAGUCCUUGGACCUCUCGCACAAUCCGCUGGUGCAGCUGAGCCGCGACGUCUUCCUGGACGAGCUGCCCCUUCAUUCGUUGAGCCUGGCCAACUGCUCGCUGCGGAAGCUGGAGCAGCACGCCUUCCGCUCGCUGACCAACCUGAACGAGCUGAGUCUGGAGCGGAACCAGCUGAAUCCGGCGGACAUCCAGAAGCUGGACAUGCCCAAUCUGCGCCGCCUGCUGCUCAGCCACAACAACUUCAGCCACGUGGGCUCCGGCGGCAUCAUGGCCGGCAUGUUCGACCGCCUGCGCUCCCUGCAGCAGCUGGCCAUGGCCAACUGCAGCCUGGGCCAGAUACCGGAUCUGCUGUUCGCCAAGAACACCAACCUGGUGCGGCUGGAUUUGUGCAACAACCGGCUGGCGCAGAUGAACCGCAACAUCUUUAGCGGUUUGAAUGUGUUCAAGGAGCUGAGGCUGUGCCGCAACCAGCUGGCCGAGUUCCCCCACAUAGCCCUCUACAAUUUGAGCGCUUUGGAGAGCCUGGAUUUGGCCCGCAACCAGCUGGCCUCCAUCGACUUCUUCAAGCUGAGCGGCACCCUCAAUCUGAGGCAGCUCGUGCUGCGGGACAACCGGAUCACGGCUCUGAGCGGCUUCAAUGCCGUCAAUCUCACCCAGCUGGACAGCGUGGAUUUGAGCGGCAAUCUGCUGCUCUCGCUGCCGGCCAACUUCCUGCGCCACUCGAUCAACCUGCAGCGGGUGGACCUGUCUAGCAACCGUUUCCUGCAGAUACCCUCGUCGGCAUUAUCGGAUGUGUCCAUACCGCGGCUGUCGUGGCUCAAUCUGACCGGGAACCCAAUCAAUCGCAUCUACACGGUGAAGGAGGAGCGGUAUCCGUAUCUCAAGGAGCUGUACAUCUGCCAGACGAACCUCUCCAUACUGACGUCCAAGGACUUCGAGGCCUUCCAGGCCCUGCAGCAUCUGCAUUUGGUGAACAACCGCAUCACCAGGAUCUCGCCGGGCGCCUUCAAGUCGCUGACCAACCUGCUCACCCUCGACCUCAGCGUCAACGAGCUGGAGAUGCUGCCCAAGGAGCGGCUGCAGGGCCUGCGCCUGCUGCGCUCCCUCAACAUCUCGCACAACACGCUGAAGGAUUUGGAGGAGUUCAGCGCGGACCUGGCCGAGAUGCAGACCCUCGACCUGAGCUUCAACCAGCUGGACCGCGUCUCCAAGAAGACCUUUCGCCAUCUGCACGGCCUGCUGGAGCUGCUGCUCAUGGGCAACCGCAUGACCGUCCUCUCCAACGACGCCUUCCGCUUCCUGAGGAAGCUGCACGUGCUGGAUCUGCGCAAGAACUACUUCGAGCUGGUGCCACUCGAACCGCUCAAGCCGCUGGAGACCAAUCUGCGGACCCUCAAGCUGGAGGAGAAUCCACUGCAUUGCAGCUGCGACGCCCAGAAACUGUGGGAAUGGCUGCGGGAUCAUCGCAAAUGGUCGCUUGCCGCGGGCUCCGGCGCUGGAGGAGGAUUGGGCGGCCUGGCCGGACUGGGCGGAAGGGGGCUGGGCGGCGAUUCCAUUAAUUACCUGAGGUGCGAACAUCCAACGGAGCUGCGGGGCAAGGUGUUCGGCCGGAUGGAGCCGCAGCAGUUCUGCGACGCCCCGCUAAUACCCAAAAUGGCCAUCCAGGACAUCCAGCCCUAUUCGGUGGUCGUGUCCUGGCAGAGCCGUGACCAUUUGGGCCUCAAUGGCUUCGAAAUUGUUUACCACGCCACCGGCGACGGGCUCGUUCCGGCCGGAUCUCCAACGGACCGUGAACGGGAUGGGGUCAGGGGUCACGACCCCGACAGGGAGCGCAGUCAGAGCCAAAGCCAGAGCCAAAGCCAGAACCAAAACCAGAACCAGAACCAGAACCGGAAUCGCAAUCGGGAGCACGAACAGCGGGAAAGAGAGAGGGAGCGCGAGAGGGAGCGGGACAGGGAGCGGUUCCCCAUCGCCACAGAUGAGAUCCACGGCAAGCGGCUAAAUGGGACGGCCAGCUCGACGAAGUUAACCAAGCUGAGCCCCAAUACGCGCUAUCACAUCUGUGUCAUCGGGAGCGGUAAUUGGCUCUCGGAGCCGCUGGCGAACGCACUGCAGCGGCUCCAUGCCAACGAGUCCAUACGCGAGGAGGACUCGGCGUUGAUGAUGUCCGCCCCUCUGCCGGACUCCUAUUCGCCGUAUCAGCAUCAGCAUCAGCACGCUCGCAAUGCCAAUGCCAAUGCCAAUGCGGCGAUGGUGCAGGACCAGAAUGUGGAGCAGGACCUGGACAAUGCCAUCGGUGGGGAGCAGCACGCCCUGCUGGAGGUGCUCAAGAACUCGCACAUCUCGGCCUGCACGGACGUGCAGACCCUCGACUCCACGCCCAGCCUGGUGACCGACGAGAACGGGCUGGCCAGCAACGGCUUCAUACACUCCAUCCUGACCAGGCGACUGGGCCUGAUCGUGGGCUGUUGCCUGGGCAUCAUCGUGUUCAUCGUGAUGAUCUCGGUGCUCAGCUAUGUCAAGCUGAAGAAGCAGCGCAUCGAGAACGCCAAGCGGCAGGCCGCCCUGCCGCCGGAGUACAUAUCCUACCGCCACUUCUCCAUUCCCAACGAGGAGCUGACCAGGACUGCCGCCAAUGCUGGAGCGGCAGCGGCGGCGGCGGCAGCGGCAGCGGCUUCAGCGGCCGCAGCGAACAAGUCCGGCGAUGCUGGCAGCCCGCCGCACAUGUCCAGUGUGCCCAGCGGCAUCAGUGCGCACAUUAGUGGGACCAGCCUGAGUACAGGUGGCACGGGUACGGGCACCACCACCACCACGGCCACCACGCCCAUUGGCGGUGUGCCGAUUAUGGGCGUUGGCGUAGGCGUGGGCGUGGGCGUGGGCAAGGCGGGCAGUCCGCUGGCGGGCGUGGUGGACAGCGACCACACCCACAACGCCCACGGCCACGCCCAUGGCCAUGCCCAUGCCCACCGACAGAACAACGGUUACAUGGCGGCGGGUGUGGUGCUCAAUACAAACCACUUGAGCGUGUGUUAGUCGCACAAUUGAACAAUGAGUCAAGCAAGUAAAUAACUUAAACAGGGGCAGUCUGUCCCGAGGAAAAAGCGCGGAAGGAGGUUCCAAGUGGAAGGGGGUCGAAAAAUUCUACAAAAAAUGGUUGGAUACACUUCGUUCACGUAUCAUCCUUCAUUGAUUAUUUUUUGAUAAAUAAGUUAAGUCUUUGUUUAUACAUAUUUAAAUUAUAUAACUAUUUAACACAGUCUGAAUGCUCAGAAAAUUUUUUUCGUAUUUUUUGUUGUUUGUGAUUACAUCUAUAUUGUCAACUACAAAAAGAUACUUCUGCAGUCGAAGCAUAAAUAAUUUAAAUAUUUAAAUAUGUCUUACUGCCUUCCAAAUUUAAAAACUUUUUUUUCUGAGUGUGCAUAUUAACACAUUUUCAACACUGUUAAUCAUCACAAGCAUUUAUAGUUAUAUCUCAUUUUUAGAUAAUUCCAUUAAGGUCAGUUAACUAGUCCCAAUCAAAGAAUUUAUUGACCAAUACAGGCAUGAAUUAAAUGUGUUUUGUUUUAUUUAGCAAACAAAAGUGUCAAUGUUCAAAAAUGUAAACCAUGUAAUCGAAAAGUUAAAAAUUUAAAGUCUUUUAAACAGUGUUAAGUAGUAUCACUUGCUAAAUUUUUUAGAAAUGAGUUGGUUUUAGUAAUUAAUGAAGUUCCCGCAAACAUAGCGUCGAUAUCCAGCUUAAAUGAUAAUACCCAAAAAUAAUCGCCCACUCAUUCGAGAAUAAAUGAGUUUUAAGAGGAUCUACCGCAUGUGUGGUAUACAUUUUUGGUGUUCAACAAUAAAAUCCGCUUUUAAUAGUGAAAUGGAUGGCGUGAUUUAUUGAAAUUUUAAGUGAAUUAAGUGAAUUCAACCACUUCAGCACCCCCUUCAAAUCAAAUCUGCAAUCAAAAAACGAAAAUGAAAACGAAAAUAAAAACAAAAACAAAAAUAAAAAUAAAAACGCGCAAAAGCUCCCAUAUUUCAUAUUUCAAAUGGAGUCAAAAACUUUUACCAAUCAGAGCAAUUGCAAAAGCAUUUUUAUGUUUUGAAUGUGCCCGAAAUGCAUUUAAUUUUCGAUUGAAAACCCAAAACCAACCAAAGCCCAAAAAAAGGUAAAGAAUGAUAAAUAUAGAAAAAGAGAGAAAAUCUAGGUUAGUGAUAAUCAUGAUGACGCGUUCAACGUUCGUUUAGUUAUGACAAUUGAAAGUAGAGCACUAUGCGAGAAAUCUAAAAGCGGACGGCAUCGCGGAAUUUCAAUGUAAAUAAAGUGAAAUCAAAGCGAAAUCUCAGCCGUAAAUGUUGCAUCUAAAUCAAAUUAAGCUCCAUUUAAAACUAAUUGUAAGAAGUACACAACCCAUGGCCGUAUAUACCUAUAUAUACACAUAUGUAUUAAUAUAAAUAAAUAUACAUACCUGUAAUGGAAAACACACAAAAACCAAGAACAUUUUUUUUUUGAGCUAGAAUUAGUGAAUGGAUAAUGAAUGAGCGAUUUUUUUUUUUUUAGAUCUGCGCUGAGAAAUUAAAGAUAAACUAGCUAUACAAAAAAACGACAUGAAAGCGACGAGACAUAUUACCACAAAUAAGUACUAAUUAUCUAAAGGUAAAACAAUAAAAUUAACUAGUUUAAGUGCAGGCCCCCAAAGUAUGCAUAAUUGUUAGCAGAACUCAAAGAGUUUCAUAUAUAAUUAUAUACAUACAUUUUUUUCUCAUAGUUAACUAUAUGUUUUUCCUAUUUUUCGAUUCGAAAAAAAACGAGUUAAGCUUUAGUCGAGGAAUGGAAAAACACAUAACGAUUUACUUUAGCAAAUAAAUAUUAUGCAUAAUGACGAAAAUACAAACCAGACGCAGAAACAAAAGCCAAAUAAUUAUAAUAAAUUGGCUAAAGAAUUUCUAGAAAAUUAAGCAAGCGAUUUAAUUGAAAUCAAAUAAAAGCCAAACACAAAAACGAAAACAAAAACAAAAACGCACAGAAACACACAGCCGGGGCGAGGAGAUUCAAAGGAGAUUUCCUAACCUUCCGGCUCCCCCUUUUCUCCCUGUGUACGUCUCUGUGUGUCUUGGCUUCUCAAAUAUUUUAAUAUUGUUAUAUGCAAAACACAACAACAUGCAUGCUGGCAAACUUAAGAAGCAAACAAUAACAAUGGCCAGAGGAAUAAGAACGCAAAAUGCAAAUCAAAAUCAAAAAAUCGAACUUAAGACAACAUGAAAUAAACAAAAACCAAGGCAAAGGAAACCCAAGCAAAAAAAAUAAAUAAGUAUAACACUAAACAAGGCUUUGUUAUGCUCUACAAAAACAAGCCAACAAAAAAUGCAUCCCCUGCCAUGCCGAAACCCUUCUCUUCAAUUCUAGUUCAAUUGUAGGGCAUAAAAAGCAAAAAAGCAAAAACACAAAAUACACACAGAUUGCAGAGGUAAAAAUUAAACAAACAUACAGCAAACAUGCAAUAAAUGUAAUAAAUUAAAACCCAAAAAACCAAAAUAUUGUAUGGCAAGCAACACAAAGUAAAAUAUUAAUAAAAGACAAGAAACUUUCAAAUAAAAGCAAAA